GGAAGACCAGUCUGUCUACCGGACGAGGAGGAGGACAGGUGUUACCAUCAACCCCCCCACAAAACUAAAUGGUCCCUGGGGUUUAAUGAAGUUGUCUUUUAUUAAGUUUGACCUUGUUUUUCUCGGGAGGUGAUGGUGCGCAGCGACAUAGGAGACUGGUGCAGCCGCGUCGUGCAGCUGCACCAGUCCUCUCUGAGUUUCUCCUUGCUGAUAGUCGCCUACGUGCUCUACCUGGUCGUCGGCGCGGGGAUCUUCUCCGCCAUCGAGCUGCCGUACGAGCAGGAUCUCCGGGCGGAGCUGGAAGCGGCGCGCCGGGACUUCCUGAGCAACCACACCUGCGUGACCGACGCGCGCCUGCAGGAGCUGCUGGCCCGCGCCCUACAGGCCAGUAACCAGGGGGUGUCUGUGCUGGGAAACCACACCAGGAACAACUGGGACUUCGUGUCCUCCCUGUUCUUCACCAGCACCGUGUUGACCACAACAGGUUAUGGCCACACCGUUCCUCUCUCAGAUAUAGGGAAGGCUUUUUGUAUCUUCUACUCCCUCUUUGGCAUCCCUGUUACCCUCUUCUUCCUUUCCACCCUGGUGGAGAGACUGGUGGUCUUGGUGACUCGACGUCCGGUCUCCUACUUCCAUCGACGAUGGGCUAUGUCCAGGCCAAAGCUGGCGGCCAUCCAUGCCACGGCUCUCGCUGUCUUCAUGGCCCUGCUUUUCCUAUUUAUCCCGGCAUGGAUCUUUGUCACUCUGGAAAAAGACUGGAACUUCCUUGAUUCUCUGUAUUUCUGUUUCAUUUCGCUGACAACCAUUGGCCUCGGGGAUUACGUCCCCGGAGAAACUCACAGCAGAGAGGACAACCCACACCCACAACUGUACAGGCUGGCCAUUACAGUCUACCUGCUGGUGGGCUUGGUGUGUGUCCUGGUGGUGAUGGAGACAUGCUGCGAGCUUCCCCAGAUGAGACGCCUCAGACAGAGAUUCUACCAAGAAAAUGUUCUGGAUUUGGACCCCGAGACCACCAACAUUAUUGGUGCCGACCACUUGAGCGACCAGGUGACCGACUCUGCAGAUCACAUAUCUCUGGACCAUCCAGCAGUCAUUCCUACUGUAUUACAACAGGCUGAGAGCCUGCGGCAGAACGGCACGUCAACGCCUUAUACCCCAGUUUCAGAAUCCCUUGUUAAUGGAAAGUUGAGAUAACAGCUGUCUGGGCUUGCAGGGGUGGGUCUUACAAACUUCAUAUUUAAGAUGCAUGAACUUUUCCGCUAUAGGUAGCUGCUCUAGACAUACCAACUCUCCAAAUGUUAUUUUAAGAGCAUAAUUAAGGUUAAACACACAGUUGCACUUUUUUGGGUCACUUGAUUGUUUAAAGAGUGAUUUCUCUCCGCCAACACUAACACAGAUACGUGGUGGAAAAGCAGUAACCACCCAGAGAUUAUCAGGAUGGCAUUUUGUUCUCCCCUGUUGCUCCAUGUCCUGCAGAUAACAGAUCUUUGACACAGAGGAAGGGCCGGGCCCUACAAAAGGAAAGGAACCCCCACUGGUUUCCCUUUCCUGACGAAGUCUUGAUAACUCCAAAGCAACACAUUUUUUUCGGUACGAUUUCACACAUUCUUUGCACAUUAUAUACCCCGUGAAGAUAUUUGCAUGGGAAAUUUGCCUUUGUAGAAGCAGCAAAACUGGGCAGCCUCAUAUAAAUGAAACGCACCAUCUGUUGGCCAAAUGUACUUUAAGUACAAGUAUUCCUGCAAGAAGAUCAAGUGAUGGCAGUAAAUACAUAUUUUCUUCCUGGUUUCUUAUCGUUUCCUAAUGGCAUGUAAAAAAAACAACUGACAA